CUCGCCGGCUGCAGGCGCCGCCAUGGCUGCCAUAUUGGGGAGGAAGUGAGAGCAGGAGGCGGCAGCGGCGGCCAGGGAGGAGCCCUUCCCCUCUCCCCUCCGCUCAGUGAGGCGCUGCUUUGCAGGCGGCGGCCGCUCGCAGGACCCCGGAGUGAGCGGCGCGGAGGCAGCGGCGGCCGGGCUGAGCGCCCCGAAGGCGGCGGCUUUGGCCUAAAAUGGCGGACCCGGCGGAAUGUAACAUCAAAGUGAUGUGUCGCUUCAGGCCCCUCAACGACUCCGAGGUGACCCGCGGCGACAAGUACGUCGCCAAGUUCCAGGGAGAGGACACCGUCAUCAUCGCGUCCAAGCCGUAUGUGUUUGACCAUGUAUUCCAGUCAAGUACAUCGCAGGAACAAGUGUACAAUGAUUGUGCUAAAAAAAUUGUAAAAGAUGUACUUGAGGGAUACAAUGGUACAAUAUUUGCUUAUGGACAAACAUCAUCUGGGAAAACACACACUAUGGAGGGAACACUUCAUGAUCCAGAUGGGAUGGGGAUUAUUCCAAGAAUAGUGCAAGAUAUUUUUAAUUAUAUUUACUCCAUGGAUGAAAAUUUGGAGUUCCACAUUAAGGUGUCAUAUUUUGAAAUAUACUUGGAUAAAAUAAGGGACCUUUUAGAUGUUUCAAAGACCAAUCUUUCUGUUCAUGAGGACAAAAACAGAGUUCCUUAUGUAAAGGGCUGCACUGAACGUUUUGUAUGUAGUCCGGAUGAAGUUAUGGAUACUAUAGAUGAAGGAAAAUCUAACAGACAUGUAGCAGUUACAAAUAUGAAUGAACACAGCUCUCGAAGUCAUAGUAUCUUCCUUAUUAAUGUAAAACAAGAAAACACUCAAACAGAACAGAAACUGAGUGGAAAACUUUACCUUGUGGACUUGGCAGGUAGUGAAAAGGUUAGUAAAACUGGAGCAGAAGGUGCUCUGCUGGAUGAAGCUAAGAACAUCAACAAGUCUCUCUCAGCUCUUGGAAAUGUCAUUUCUGCUUUGGCUGAAAGCAGCACUUAUGUUCCAUAUCGUGACAGUAAAAUGACCAGAAUCCUCCAGGAUUCAUUGGGUGGUAACUGCAGAACCACUAUUGUAAUUUGCUGCUCUCCAUCAUCAUACAAUGAGUCUGAAACUAAAUCUACGCUCUUGUUUGGUCAAAGAGCUAAGACUAUUAAGAACACAGUCUGUGUCAAUGUGGAACUCACUGCAGAACAAUGGAAAAAAAAGUAUGAAAAAGAAAAAGAGAAAAACAAGACACUGCGUAACACCAUACAGUGGCUUGAAAAUGAGCUCAACAGAUGGCGCAAUGGGGAGAUUGUACCAGUUGAUGAGCAGUUUGACAAAGAGAAAGCCAACUUGGAAGCUUUUGCAGUGGAUAAGGAUGUUGCUAUCAAUAAUGAUAAACCAGCUGCUACAAUUGGAGUGACUGGUAAUUUUACUGAUGCUGAAAGAAGAAAGUGUGACGAAGAAAUCACUAAAUUAUACAAGCAACUUGAUGACAAGGAUGAAGAAAUCAAUCAGCAGAGCCAAUUAGUAGAAAAGUUGAAGACACAAAUGUUGGAUCAGGAAGAGCUUCUAGCAUCUACCAGGCGGGACCAAGACAAUAUGCAAGCUGAGCUGAAUCGCCUCCAGGCUGAAAAUGAUGCCUCUAAAGAAGAAGUAAAAGAGGUGCUACAAGCCCUUGAGGAACUUGCUGUCAACUAUGAUCAGAAAUCUCAGGAAGUAGAAGACAAAGCAAAGGAAUAUGAGCUGCUUAGUGACGAACUCAAUCAGAAAUCGGUAAUUUUAGCCAAUAUAGAUGCAGAGCUUCAGAAACUUAAAGAAAUGACCAACCACCAGAAAAAGCGGGCAACAGAGAUGAUGGCCUCCUUAUUAAAAGAUCUUGCAGAAAUAGGAUUUGCAGUAGGAAAUAAUGACGCAAAGCAGCCUGAAGGAACUGGCAUGAUAGAUGAAGAAUUCACAGUUGCAAGACUGUACAUUAGCAAAAUGAAAUCAGAAGUGAAAACAAUGGUAAAACGCUGCAAGCAGUUAGAAAGCACUCAAACUGAAAGCAAUAAAAAAAUUGAAGAAAACGAAAAGGAGCUGGCAGCUUGUCAGCUUCUUAUCUCACAGCAUGAAGCCAAGAUCAAGUCACUGACAGAGUAUCUUCAGAAUGUGGAACAGAAAAGGAGGCAACUGGAAGAAUCUGUGGAUUCCCUUAAUGAAGAACUAGUCCAGCUUCGGGCACAGGAAAAAGUCCAUGAAAUGGAGAAGGAGCACUUAAAUAAGGUCGAAACUGCAAAUGAAGUCAAGCAAGCUGUUGAGCAGCAGAUUCAGAGCCACCGUGAGACACAUCAAAAGCAACUUAGUAGCCUAAGAGAUGAAAUUGAUGCAAAGGAGAAGCUUAUUACUGAACUUCAAGACCAAAACCAGAAGAUGAUGCUUGAGCAAGAACGUCUUAGAGUUGAGCAUGAGAAACUGAGAGCUACAGAUCAGGAGAAAAGCAGAAAACUGCAUGAACUUACGGUUAUGCAAGACAGACGAGAACAAGCAAGACAAGAUUUGAAGGGUUUGGAAGAGACUGUGGCAAAAGAACUUCAAACGCUACACAACCUUCGGAAGCUGUUUGUUCAAGAUCUGGCUACCAGAGUUAAAAAGAGUGCAGAGAUUGACUCAGAUGAUACGGGAGGCAGUGCUGCGCAAAAACAGAAAAUUUCCUUUCUUGAGAAUAAUCUUGAGCAGCUCACAAAAGUCCACAAACAGCUGGUACGUGAUAAUGCAGAUCUUCGCUGUGAGCUUCCUAAACUUGAGAAACGACUUAGAGCUACAGCUGAGAGAGUUAAAGCUUUGGAGUCUGCACUAAGGGAAGCCAAAGAGAAUGCAUCUCGUGAUCGCAGACGAUAUCAGCAAGAGGUAGACCGUAUUAAAGAAGCCGUGAGAUCCAAGAACAUGGCCCGAAGAGGACACUCUGCACAGAUUGCUAAGCCUAUCCGUCCCGGCCAGCAUCCAGCAGCUUCUCCAACUCAUCCAAGUGCAAUUCGUGGAGGAGGUGCAUUUACUCAAAACAGCCAGCCAGUCACACUGCGUGGAGGUGGAGGACGGCAGGAUAAAGUUUGCUGAAAAGUGAAUGAAAUAUAAAGAUGAUUGGAUAUCAUGCAGAGAGAGUCAUUCCAUGACAAUAAUCUCUCCCAUUGAGGAUUGUAGGAUUAUUUUUUGAAAAUGUAUAAAUUAUACCUGGCCUGUACAGCGCUCUCCCCUCCUACAAAUUCUGCUGAUUUCCCAACAAAACUAGAGUGCAAUUUUGGCGUCUUGAAAAAUGACAUGUUACUUCAAGUGUAGCUCUGUCCAUUACAGUUUGUCUUUCAUGUCUUAAAUUUAGUCUGCACUGUGCCAAGUUGAAUGUAUGUUAAGAAAAUCUUAGUUCGAAUUUCCUAGUUUAAUUUGUGUACAUUUUAUUGUCUUAGGGAAUGUGGAACAACGUUGAAAAUUUUUUUUUUUUUAAUUUUUACCACUUUAAAUAACACUACUUGUCCCACUCUGAGUUAGAACAGCACUGUACAUUGAAGUUCUCCUGAAGUGAUGUUCUAUUUAGCCAGGACUAAUAUUAUUUGUACAGUGUGGAAAUACUGAAGUGUGCUUAUGACAGCUGCCAUCAGGCACUUAAAUCUUGAAACCACAGAACUAAAGAUUUCAGUUUGAACAAGGCUGUUUAACUGUUAUCUGAUUAAAUACCUGUUAUGUUAUUUUUAGUUAAAUACUGUAAAAGUAACAAGAGUAAACUUAAGUUUACAUGGGAAAAGGCUUUGGCAAUAGAAUAUUUAAUCUGUCCUGUUCUUGAUUCUACACAUAGCAUAGCCUGAUGGAAUGAAAACAUUCUGCUUCAUUCUGAUGAACAUUCUGUUCACUAUCACCAGAGUUGGACAAAUGGAUAUUUUUCACUAAUUUAGUGUACACUGAAAUGAGCUAGAAUAAUCUAGGAUUCAAUUCUUAUGUUUCCAAUACUGCAUACAUACUGGAAUUCUUGAGAUGAAAUUUAAACUUUCAAUUUAAGAAAAUGAGUCAAUUGAACCAUUGGAUAAUGAAUUAAAAUCCACUAAUAAUGGAGGCAAAGAAACAUUUUUCAUAGCUGAUACAGCCAGAAAUCCCAGAGAUAUGUGUAAAAACUGUGCUACACUGAAUUGUAUUGUAAUCUGUUUACUUCUAGAAAUAUUUAA